AUGAUCGCGCGCAGCUUCAAUACGACUGCACUCCGCUCGAGCAGCUCCGGUCGCACUACCGUAAAGGACCCGGAACCGCAGUCAGGACUCUACUACCAUCCCACGCAGAUCAACAUCUCUCGCGGCGCAGACCAGCCCAACUCUCAAGUCGAUGGCUGGGCGAUCUCUUUCCUCUCCAAGCCUUCUUCCUCCGACGACGCAGUCAUCGCCUACGUGCUGCCCACAAACACGUCACAAUCGCAAGACGCCGAGCCGGCCGACUUUGUACGUGCCAAUCCAGACAGGAUACGCAUCAACCCAGCCGGGUGGAAGAUUGUGCACGAAGUACUCAAGAACGAAGUGGUGCCCCACGAUGACUUGCUCAAGUUUGAGGCUUCGACCCGCGAGAGUGGUUGGGCGCAUCUCACUGAUCUUCGACAUCCGCUCAUGCCAGGAAGGAUAGCGACGCCGGAAAACAUCAUCGCCUCGGUUGCAUUCACCGAUGGCCAGCUCAAUGUGGAGAGCUACGAGGAGAACAAGUCAUACCGACUGGUGACCGGGUACGAAGGUCCGAUCCAGAUGGCCGACAGCUGGAUCGAAAAGUUGAGUAAACGGUUCGAGUCGCUUUGA